AUGGAUGUGCUGACUGGUCCUCCUGCUCCUUACCUGAAGAAAGAAGACUUGUGUAUGUUCUUAGCACUACAUAUGGAAAAUUCACCAAGUGAAUCACAGGAAACCUAUUGCAAAACUGGAAUUGUCAUCUGUGAAGCGAACAAGCCAAAAAGGAUUAUUGCCCUGGGGUGCUCAACAGAGGAACUUCAUGCCGUGCCAAAAGUGCUGUUAAGGUUUCCUAAUGCACUGAAAGGCUGUGAAGUUUACAUGUCUCGGAUGCCUUGCAAUUACUGUGCAAAAUUGCUGGUUCAAGCACAAGUCUCACAAGUGUAUUACUGGCCAAAUUUUGAAAUUAAAAUGGCAGAAAAUAUCCCAAAGGAUGAUCUGGUAAAACAUACUAAUACCAUCUUUACAGAAAGCUACAUUGUUGCAGCAGUAUAUGUACCAACAAUAGACAAUGAAAGAGAGAUGAAAAUACUUAAUUCAAAUAAAAGAGCAUCUCAUGAUGAUCUAAUCCCAAUUACCUCUGUAUUUGAUGAGAAGAGUGAUGUGGAUAUAUUAAAGUGCUUUAAACUGGAACACCUGAAAAAAAACCAGCUGAAAAAAUAUAAAGAAAAUCUUGCUACAGCAAAGAAUUGUUUUAAAACUCUGGCAAGUUGCAAAGACGAAGAAAUAAUAAUCCUAGAAGAGAAGGAAUCCCCUGUAAAGAAUAGUCCUAAAUACACCCAUGCUUUACAGCUCUGUGAUUUAUUAGCAUCCAGAAGUGACCAUAAUACUGGAGUGGGGACAGUGAUCUACAAGGAAGACAACAUUGUUGCCCUAGGCUACAGUGGAUAUCCAAAAGGGGCAUUGAAUAGUUUAUUUUGCCAGAAGACAGAUGCUGAUUUUGCAAUUGUAUGUGCAGAAGCUAAUGCAAUUAUUAUGAGUUCUGAGAGAGACCUGCGUAAUGCCGAACUCAUCACUACAUGUAAACCCUGCUCUGACUGUCUGAAACUGAUCCAAGCAAAGAAUAUAGCAAAAGUCAUUUGGCCUCUGCCAGACAGAAGUGCUGGGCCCUCCUCUGCGUUGCCAGCUUCCGGCUUGUUUGCAGCCCCAGAGCAACCCAGAGGAUUAACUGAAGAUCCUUCAGAGGGGCAGGCUGCAGCUGCUGCUGAUGGUGAACCAGCAUAAGGCUCCACAACAUGAACACGAGCUUUAGGAUCCAACACCCCAGACCCCCCAGUAUAUCUGGUGGUGUUGGGAUAAUCAUCUUGAGAUGGCAGCCGCUCUGGUUGUGCCCACUGCCUUCCAGAAGCACAGCUCAUACCAAUCCCCCUGCCACUCCUUAUUAUUGCUUCCACUAUGCUCUGCAGGAAUUUGCUUCUGUCUGUGGCUUGCAGGUGGAAAAGCAUUUGCUUUUGAUGUCCCUCUAAGGGGUGGUCAUGCCUAACUGUGCAGUGUCUGUAGCCGUGAAGACAGUGGUUGUUUUCUGCAGUCCUCAUUCCCUCUGCAGCCUCUCUUGGAUUAGUCAGAGCUCCUUAUAUGUCCUCUGAUAGGCACAUACCUGUUUUUAAUUGGUCUUUGUGCUAUGUUGAUCACGUUUUAGACUUAAAUUUGAUCUCUGACCUUGAAACACCAGACCAAUUAAUGUGGAAUAUGCUUUCAUAUUUUUCCAGGCUAAAUCAUGUUGCUCUAAAUGAGCUGGGGGUUUGCAGACUAUAGUGGUGACAGCUGCUUUUGUCCUUGUCCUUGGACUCUAGACUCCCUCAACUGCAGUUUCAAUACCGGGAUUUUCUAGGAUGACUCCAAACCCAGAAUCAACUAUAAAAAUCCUCUCAAUUUUUAAAAAAAAUCAUUGUGAGAAUGCUAUUAUUUGUGGCUUGUUAACUUUCAGCAAUUAUUCCUUUUACACAGCCUCUUUAGAGUAAGAUCAUCAAAGGGUUUUGC